AUGUCGUCCUCGAUGUCCCCCACCCCUGGGACUGCCUCUCAUGCAGAUUGGUCGCAGUCCCUACAGCCGCUGGUUCUUGGAUUGAGCAUUACCAUGCUCGUUCUGGGGAAUUUAGGCGUGGUGCUGCGUUGCUGGGCUCAGUGGCGCUUCCAAAAGCGCCCUAUGCCCGAGGACUACUGGCUGAUGAUGGCCCUACUCUUCGCCAAUAUCGUAUCUAUAGCGACCAUAGUGGCCGUGCAUUAUGGCCUCGGACUGCAUCUCUUUCGCGUCGAAGCGGAGGACCCCUCGCUGCACAGUCUGAAAUGGAUCUUUCUCUGUGUCUGGCUCACUGCCUCGUUCAAUGGCCCGUCGAUGCUGGGCACUAAAGUGGCCCUGCUGCUCUACUAUCGCCGUCUGUUCAUCGUGCAACAACUGGGUAUGCGCAUCUUCUGGUGGGCUAACCUGGCAUAUGUCAUCCUCUGGGCCAUCGGAUCCACCUUGUCCUAUAUUCUCUCUUGUGUGCCCGCCAGCUACUACUGGGAAAGAUUCAAUCCGGACUCGACCAUGAAGGGCACCUGUCAUAACAGCACCACGGCCGACGCGGUGCCGCUGAUCCUCGAUCUGGUGUCGGAUAUUGCCAUCAUGAUCCUCCCGAUCGCUACGAUCGCUACACUGCAGAUGCCUCUUGCCCGGAAGGCGGGACUAAUGAUCGUUUUCUCCGUGGGGUUUAUUGCCGUCGCCUCCGCCAUCGCCCGCGUCGUCGUCCUCUACCUCGCCACCGACCUCCACUCCGACUUCACCUACGCCGCGAGCCCGUUUGAACUCCUAGACGUCGUGCAGCUGAACGUGGCGAUCGUCUGCGCCACAGCGGUGCCCAUUGUAUCGCGCGUGCGACUCGCCUUCCGUGAGUCCCGGAAGAAGCACAGUCGGUCAAUCUCGGACGCAUACGUCUACGCCCGGUCGCCCACGGGAGGCCGUCCCUCGACGAUGAUGCGACGGCCGGAGCCGUCCAGCAGCACAGAACAACUGCGGACAGGACAAUUAAGCACGAGUUGUGCGUCAGAAGAGCAAGGAGGGAUGCCGUUGGUGCCGAUGAAUGGGAUUCUGGUCAGGAUGGAUGUGGAUGUACAAUAG